UCAUAGGCUCACAGCAUACGAGAACCCUAGCAGCGCGGGCCGGCAGCGGCGCCCCCCCGUCCUCCGCCGCUCGUCUACGUCCUCCGCGCGCAGCACAAACCCCUCUUCCGCAGUUCUGCUGCCGCCUCCCUUCGGAUCAAGCAGCAGCCAUGGAAGGGGGCGGUGUUGAGGCAUCAGAAGGAGUGGUGAUCGAUCCAGUAAUGGAUCCAGUGCACCUUGGAGACGGAGAAGUCGGUACGGACAGCGACAAUGAUCUAUUCGAUGAAUUGAAUGACGAUGUGUGCGCGCUGUGUGGUGACGGUGGCCUAUUACUCUGCUGUGAGGGGCCAUGCUUGAGGUCAUUCCAUGCAACGAGAGAAGAUGAUGGAUAUUCGGGCUGCGCAACACUUGGCUUUACCACAGCACAAGUAGAGGCUAUGCAACAUUUUUUCUGCACGAACUGCACAAACAGGCAACACCAGUGUGCUGGUUGUGGUGUGUUGGGAUCGUCAGAUGCAGUCAACGCUCAGGUCUUUCGAUGCAGCCACGCCACCUGCGGUCGCUUCUACCACCCGGUGUGCAUCGGUGCGCAGCUUCACUCUGGGGAUCCUGUGGAGGCUGCCCGAUGCAGAGAUCGGGUUGCCUUUGGCGUGGCGUUCCAGUGCCUGAGACCGCACGGGCGGCAGCCUGAUUUCUACCAGGUAGAAUAGGUAUAUCACUAUAGGAUGGCUGUUGACGACCUCCCUAAGCCAGCGUGACCCUUCACAGCAUGGUGAUCUGACUGUGUUACUGUUAAUAACCUCGGUUCUAGACUCUGGUAAUUUCUGCUGUGCAACAAUGUGACUCUAGUUUGCUUAAGUGACUACUCAUUCUACUGGUCAUCACCUGAUACUUUA